AGAAAAGAACACCUGGACCCUAAUCCUGCGUUUCUCCCGCUCGCAGACUCGCACAGCGCCUCCUUCUACGGCGCUUCCUUGGCAGACAGCAGCUCAGUCCUGCGCUUCCUCUCACGGACAGCAGCGCAUCCUCCACGCGUCACUUCACCGCGUUUCCUCAUCUCGCGGCAGCCUCCCCCUGCCAGUGAGGGUUUCCUCCGCAGCAGCCUCCCGCACCAGAAGGUCCAGCACUGUUAUUCAACACGCGGAGAUCAAAUAGCUUCCUGCUCACGGCUUAAAGAACUGUGCAAUGGUGGCUUAUUCACUUGGGAAGGCAAUGAUGCCGGACUAUGAGCCUCUGCAAGAGCUUGUCAAGCACCACCUUGAUUCAUUCGAUCAUAUGGUGGAGUCAGGAUUGGAGACCAUGCUUUUGCAAAUCAAGCCUGUUCGAGUCUUUGAUCCCUUCACAAAGAGGGAGCUUCGAAUUUCAUUUUCUAAGCCAGAGCUAUACCCACCACAGAAGGAACGCAUUUCAAGGACAAUGCGUGAAGCUCUAUAUCCUUUCGAAUGCAGACAAGCUAAAAUCUCGUAUACGGGAAAGUUUUUGGUUGACGUCUGUUUUCAGUAUGAUGGCGGAGUUAUUAUAAGGGAGAAACUUUUUUUUGGGCAGUUUCCUGUAAUGUUGAAGUCAAAGCUUUGUCAUUUAAGAGGCGCUGAUCCCCAAAAACUCAUUUCUUGUAAGGAGGAGUCUUCAGAAAUGGGUGGAUACUUUAUCUUGAAUGGGAUUGAGAGGGUUGUUCGACUUCUAAUUUUGCCAAAACGAAAUUAUCCAAUGAGUGUGGUGCGGAAUUCAUUUCGUGAUCGGCAAGAAGGAUAUUCUGACAAAGCAGUUGUCAUAAGGUGUGUAAGAGAAGAUCAAUCUGCUGUAACAGUUAAAUUAUAUUACCUUAAUAAUGGAAGUGCAAGACUUGGGUUUUGGAUGCAAGGGAGGGAGUACUUGCUUCCAGUUGGCAUUGUUCUUAAGGCCCUUGUUGAAACAACUGAUCAUGAACUAUAUGUCAGUUUGACAUGUUGUUACAAUGAGAAAUAUGAGAAGGGAAAGGGAGCAGUUGGCACUCAGCUUGUGGGUGAAAGGGUGAAAAUUAUUCUUGAUGAAGUUCAGGGCCUCUCUCUUUUCACUCGUCGUCAAUGUCUUGAGCAUAUUGGAGAGCACUUUCAACCUGUUAUGGAUGGAUUAGAAAAUGAAAAUUAUUCCAUGGUUGGAGAUGCUGUGCUAAGAGAUUAUAUAUUUGUUCACCUUGACAACAAUUAUGACAAAUUCAAUCUGCUCAUUUUUAUGCUGCAGAAGCUUUUCUCAUUAAUAGAUCAAACUUCUGCCCCAGACAACCUAGAUGCCUUGCAAAAUCAGGAAGUUCUACUGCCAGGUCACUUGAUUACCAUUUAUCUUAAGGAGAAACUGCAAGAAUGGCUGCACAAGGCAAGGCGUCUUAUUCAGGAUGAAAUCAAUAACAAAAGCAAAAAUUUUGAGUUCAGCAGCAAUGCUGCAGUAGCAGAUGUCAAAAAGGUAAUGGAAAAAAAUCCUGCAAAACAGAUCAGCUCAGCCAUUGAAAAUAUGUUGAAGACAGGAAGACUGGUCACACAAUCUGGUUUAGAUUUACAGCAGCGGGCAGGAAUGACAGUUCAGGCAGAAAGGCUAAAUUUUCUCCGCUUUCUUUCGCAUUUCCGGGCUGUUCAUCGUGGGGCUUCGUUUGCUGGUCUCCGCACAACAAGUGUGCGGAAGUUGCUGCCAGAAGCUUUUGGUUUUCUCUGCCCUGUACACACACCGGAUGGUGAGCCAUGUGGGUUGCUGAACCAUUUGACUUCCACUUGUCGGAUCACAUCAUACUUUGAUUCAAAAGGAAAUAUUAGAGAUUUUUUCAAGAUGCGGAAGGCCAUUCUCAGUGUUUUGAUUGGACUUGGGAUGACACCUUCACUGCCAAAGCUUGUGCAAGCUGGCCCUCCUGAAGUUCUUUAUGUUAUUUUAGAUGGUCGUGUGGUUGGCUCAUUUCCUACUAGUGAAGUUGAGAAUGUUGUUGCCCAUUUACGUAAGCUAAAAGUGUUAGCAGCUACAGUGAUACCUGCUGAUCUGGAGGUGGGAUAUAUUCCUUUGAGCUUGGGUGGAGCAUAUCCUGGUUUAUACCUGUUUACAUCUCCUUCUAGAUUUAUUCGACCAGUUAGAAAUAUUUCUAUUCCUUCUGAGGAUGGUCAUAAUAAUGAACUAAUUGGGCCAUUUGAACAGGUCUAUAUGGAAAUAAGAUGCCCUGAUGGUGGAGAUGGAGGAAGGAAAAACAAUGUUCCUGCCACUCAUGAAGAAAUCCAUCCAACCGGCAUACUUAGUGUUGUUGCUAAUCUUACACCUUGGUCAGAUCAUAAUCAGAGUCCACGAAAUAUGUAUCAGUGUCAGAUGGGAAAGCAAACAAUGGGUUUCUCUUCGCAAGCAAUUAAUUGUCGUGCAGAUCAAAAGCUAUACCAUCUUCAGACUCCUCAAACCCCCAUUGUACGCACAAAUGCAUAUGAGAAGUACCAAAUAGACGAAUUUCCACUAGGGACAAAUGCGAUUGUUGCGGUUUUGGCAUAUACAGGAUAUGAUAUGGAGGAUGCUAUGAUUUUGAAUAAGUCAUCUGUGGAUCGUGGUUUUUGUCGUGGGCAAAUAUAUCAGACUGAAACUAUUGACUUGGCUGAACAAAAAAGCAAGUUGGACCGUAGCCAGAGAGUGUUUAGAAGAAGUAAUAUUGAUAAGUCUGCUCAUUCUUUGAUUGAUUCAGAUGGACUACCAUAUGUUGGGCAGAUGAUACAACCAAAUGAUCCAUACUGCAGCAUCUAUGACAUGAUAAAAAGUGCAACACAUACGAACAAACUAAAGGGUUCAGAAUCUGCCAUUGUUGACUAUGUUGCUGUUGAUGUUAAAAAUAAAAAGGAUCUUCAAAAGGUAAAUAUUCGUUUUCGACGUCCUAGAAAUCCUGUUAUUGGCGAUAAGUUUAGCAGUAGACAUGGCCAGAAAGGAGUUUGCUCUCAGUUGUGGCCGGAUAUAGAUAUGCCAUUUUCAGGAAUUACAGGAAUGCGUCCAGAUCUUAUUAUUAAUCCCCAUGCAUUUCCUUCAAGGAUGACAAUUGCCAUGCUUUUGGAAUCUAUUGCUGCUAAGGGGGGUAGCUUACAUGGAAAAUUUGUGGAUGCCACACCGUUUGCUAGCUCUGUCGAUAAUGCUGAUAGAGAGCCUGAAAAUUCUGAAUCAAGCUCACUUGUUGAUGAACUUGGUUCUAUGUUAACCUCUUGUGGGUUUAAUUAUCAUGGUGUAGAGGUAUUGUACAGUGGAGUGUAUGGGACAGAACUUGCAUGUGAGAUUUUUAUAGGACCUGUUUACUAUCAACGACUUCGGCACAUGGUUUCAGACAAGUUUCAGGUUCGCUCAACUGGAACAGUAGACCAGGUCACUCGACAGCCUAUUAAAGGAAGAAAGCGUGGUGGGGGUAUCCGUUUUGGAGAAAUGGAACGAGAUUCCAUGCUUGCUCAUGGUGCUGCAUAUCUGUUACAUGACAGGCUCCACACAUGUUCUGAUCAUCACAUAGCAGAUGUGUGUUCCUUCUGUGGAAGCAUUCUGACAACUUCAUUCAUCCAGCCCCAAAAACGAGCAGUGCGAGAGAUUGGGGGGCUACCCCCUGGAAGAGUCCCCAAAAAGGUUACUUGCCACAACUGCCAGACUAGUAAAGGGAUGGAGACAGUUUCGAUGCCCUAUGUUUUUAGAUACUUGGCUGCAGAAUUAGCAGCUAUGAACAUAAAAUUGACCCUCCAGCUGAACAAUGGAGCAGGAGCCUGAAACCUACUGUAUAUCAGAGUAAAGUUUCUGUUGGGAAUUGAGGUUCAGCGAGUUGGGCAACAAUUUUGCUAUGAUUCUUAACAUGAUAAGAGGCAUAUCCAGCUUGUCUGGAUAUUGGUAUAGUGUCACUUUGUAACUUAUUUUUGUGGUAGGAAUUUGGAUAAUUUUAAUGCUUUGAAGCUACUCCAAACAAUGUAUUUAUAAUUUUGUAAUAAGAAAUUUUCAUUCAUUUUAGAAGUAAGUUAAGAGUUGGUUGGUCAGCGUUGUAUACUCAAAAGA